AUGAAUAUUGGCAUUUUUGUAGAUGCAGUACCUCCUAAACCUGAUCCUCGUCAAUACACUGAUUUUUCAAGAGAAGACCUUCCUUAUGUAGGAUGGGCUGGAGGAUCAAACAAUCCAAGUGGUGCCAGUCCGGGUGCUUACUAUGGUAGUGGAAUUAAUCCGAACUAUGGUGACCUUGGGCCAAUCACCAAUGAUGCUAACGGUAACAUCAAUGUGAUCAGUUAUAGUCAAGGAUAUUCUCCGAACAGUGGUCUUAUUACAAACUGGAAUCAUCAACAGCAGCAACAUCAACAGCAAUACAAUUUAUAUCACAAUAUCUAUCAUAAUGCAUGGCAACGACCAAAUGCUUACAAUUAUUUUAAUCGACCGUAUAAUCGUUAUCCACCUGGAAGUGCAGGAUGGUAUGCAACUGGUAGUAACUAUUGGUAUAAUAAAGGACAAUCUAUUAUUCCACAUAUGUGGCUUUUAAUCAUAGGCAUUAUAAUUUCGAUUAUUUCUGUGUAA